CUUUCAGUGUCCCCUGCAAAAACCCCCCUCAAUAACCAAAUAAAUAAAUAAAUUUUAAAAAACUAAAUUCAAACGUUGCAUUGUCUGUAAAUCACGAGAAAUGAUUAUGUAGGUCGUACCUAAGACCUUCCGAUCCCAAUACAAAACCCUAGAAUUCGAUCAGAUCCACGCACGUCGAAGCCUACAUUGUUCGGAUCUGAUCGAAGAAUUCAAAUUCCAUUUCUUUUCAAUCGGCUCUCUCAAAGUGCUCGUUGGAAUUGGUUCAGAUUCGAUCAAAAGUUUCGAUUUUUGUUGCUUAAGUGAUCGACAUUUCGACUGGAAUUGAAAAGAUUUCUGAUUUUCAAUUCUCGGGAUUGGGAGGAUCGGCAUUGUGUUGUUGUUGUUGUGAAGAUUCGAAUUUGAUUGGAAUUGGGUUCAGAUUCGAUAAGAGUUUGGAAUUGGAAUUGCUGCGAUUGCCGAUUUUGAUCAUCGAAAUUGUAUUGUUGUUGGAUGAAAAUACAGGGGAUUUGAUGUUUGUUGUAUAUUGUUGGUUUUAGAAGGAAAAGUAGAGGGUGAUUUUGGUUGAGUUUGAGGGAUGGCUUCGUUAUCUGCAAUCAGCGAGGAGCUCGCGGAGAUCGAUGGACAGAUCGCUGAUAUCUUUCGAGCUCUGUCAAAUGGAUUUCAGAAAUUGGAGAAAAUUAAGGACUCAAAUAGGCAGAGUAGGCAGCUGGAAGAGCUCACGGGGAAGAUGCGGGAAUGCAAAAGACUUAUUAAAGAGUUCGAUAGAGAGGUUAAGGAUUUGGAGCAUAGAAAUGAUCCAAGCACCAACAAGAUGCUGAAUGAGAAAAAGCAAUCAAUGGUCAAAGAAUUGAAUUCAUAUGUUGCUAUGAAAAAGCAAUAUGCAAGCAAUCUUGACAACAAGCGAGUUGAUCUCUUUGAGGGGCCUGGCGAAGGGUUGGCAGAAGACAACGUCUUGCUAGCUUCAUCUAUGACAAAUCAACAGCUAAUAGAUAAUGGGAAUCAGAUGAUGGAUGAGACUGAUCAAGCCAUUGAGAGGUCUAAAAAGGUUGUCCAUGAGACAAUUAAUGUUGGAACAGACACUGCAGCAGCUCUGAAGGCACAGACUGAACAAAUGAGUAGGAUUGUUAAUGAGUUGGAUUCUAUCCAUUUCUCAAUCAAGAAGGCUUCUAAACUGGUGAAGGAAAUUGGUAGGCAGGUUGCAACUGAUCGGUGCAUUAUGGCUUUGCUCUUUAUUGUUGUGCUUGGAGUCAUAGCGAUCAUUAUCGUGAAGCUUGUGAAUCCACACAACAAAGACAUUCGGAAUGUUCCGGGAUUGGCCCCUCCUGCUCCAAGUCGAAGAUUACUUUGGAACUCUAAUUAAAGAUGUAAUUUGAUUUGGUGGACCUUAGCUCGGCUUGUGACAGUGUUGGACGCACCCGUUUUGAUGGAUCAUGAUCUAAUCAAAGAACUGGAUUUGUUCAACAUUGUAUCUUGGCCAUCUGAUUGGCUGACUUUCCCAAGCGCGAGACUCUAAACUCUUGUGUGUAGUAUUGAGUAUCUUCAAUUCAACAUUGUUUGCGUGUUUACAAUUUUUUCCCCUUAAAAAAAGAAAAAAUAUUAUCCCCAUUUGAGUGAGGGAAACAUUAAAUAUGUAAACGUGCCAUUGUAUUUGUUCAUACUCCAACCCUGUAUAAUUACACCAAUAUGCUUUUUAUUGUUUUGUUUUUUUUUCUUUCCCUUUCA